AUGGGACUCGAUAUCACUCCAUCGGACUAUCAACAAAUUCAAAGCCCCAACACAACCCUCAACCCAUUCAACCCGACACACAUCGAUACUCCAACCGCAUACGACGGAUUCCUCGCAGAGAAGCUCAACCUUGUCGUCCCAGCAAAGGCCGUAUUGGACUAUAUCAUCAUUGGACAACUCCACAUUCAGACCUUCACAGCUCUCGCAGGAAUCUUCCUCGCAUUCCUUAGUGAUUUGCCAUCACAGAACAUCUACAACGCCGACAAACGCACCUUUACCUCAUCAUGGGCCGAAGUAUACAACUUCCAGCAAAUCUACAGAUCCCACCUCACAACAACUCUCUACAUCAUCAUCAAGACCUUCCUCAUCGAUCCGCAGAAUACCACAGAUAUCGACUUUGACUUCCCAUAUAAGCGUCACUUCCGAGUUCAAUUCCGAUUCCGAUACAGGUCUCGAUGUCGACUCUGA